AUCAUCCAUCCCAUUACCCACGACUUACUUGACAACACUUUUUUGUAGCACAAUCUAUUUGAGUUCUAUCGAAUUCCCAACCCACAACAGCUGCCAGAGUCCUGCACUGCCAUGGCAAGUGUUUCAACAAAGGUCAACCGAAAACCAAAGCAUAAACAGCACAAAGACCAAAAAAAAGAACAAAACAAAGACCAAGACAAGGACAAGGACGAAGAGCCUUUGCCAGUGUGGAGCCGUCUGCUGAACCACAAUGCGGAUGGUCGCAGGCGCAAGAAGGAGCUGCAGAGUGCCCAGUACCAGGUGGAGAUCUCCAACCGCCUGUGGUCGCUCUGGGGCAGUGCACAGCCCGUGGAGGUUGGGCCAGAUCCUCCCAGUACGUCCGGCGAAACAGAAGUGUCGGGCAAACGACUGCAGGGUGCAUCUGCCGAGACGCCUACAGUGCCAGGACGAACGCUGGCCUGCUGUGUGAUGGCCUGUUGUGCCAACACCUUUCUGUCGCUGGACUUUUGGGACUCGCACACGCUGGACAGGAUCAUCGCCAAUGGCGAGAAGUACCACAAUGCCAGUGCUAGGCGAAUCCAGAGGCCGGAGGGAGCUGGAGAGCUGGUGCUGGAGAAUCUGCUCACCGCCUGCUCCAUGGACAGGAACCACUUCUGGGUGAACACCGAGAAGGUGAUCACAGGGAUACUCUACAACAGGCACAAGAGCCUUGGGGCGGCACUCAGCAUCUUCUUCAAUCACCACCAAAAGACGGGCAUCCUGCAGCUCAAGGACAAGGCCCUGGCCUUUGGCUUCAUCCCCGAGGUGUCGGCCGGUGGCGCUUUCUUCAUGUUCCAUUGCCAGGCGCAGGGCAAGCCCCUCUUCAAGGAUUCUGAGAGCGCUCCGUAUGUGCUGCGGAUGCGACAACUGCAGCAGUUGCUACACUGCAUCCUGACCACACUCAACGAACGCAGCUGGAACGUACCCUUCAAGAUACACAAGGUGUCGUGUGUGGCCAGGAAUCGCUCAAGGGUGUAGCACAGAGGAAGCACAUUUGGGGAUUCGGUAUGAACCGAUUAGAAAUUAAAUAGAAAUUUUAUAGUUGA